AUGAGUAAACCACAACUGCAACCCCCAUUCCCAAAUAAAUAUCAUGUCAAACUAGUUGCUUCUCUGGAUUCAAAAGCUUGUCUCAUAUGUUAUAAGCCAGCAACAACAGUACUACUAGCUGAUGGUAACGGUGAUUUUUUCUACAUUUGUCCCCAACAUUUAUCAGACGAUCAAUUUGCUAAUGCUAUACAUCCCGAAGAAUACACAGAACUACUAGACCAAAAACAGAAACUAACAGAAAAAAAAUCAAAAUUGGAGAAAGAUGUUGAGACGGAAAAACCUUAUAUUUGGAACACGGUGGCAGGAUAUUGGAAACUGAAGGAUAACAACAAAGAAAAGGAAAAGGAUAAAGACAAAUCUACAGAGUCGAAAUAUGAAAAAUUGAAACAAGAAUUGAAUGAAGUUACCAAAGAACUAGAAGAAUCAAGUAAGAAAAUCCUGGAGUUUAAAUUCAAAUUGUAUCAAUUGAAUCAAGAUAUUUAUAAAAGUAGAUUGAUGGCUCAUCAAAAGAAGAAAUACAAUCAACAAAGAGCAGUGAAAAUUCAGGAAGAAGGGUUCUUCCCAUCUGUUCCUAGUCAUAGUUUAGAAUAA